ACAUCAGUUGUUAGCCGUUUCGAGAACAAUAUCUGUUGGGCCAUCUCUAAUAUUAAAAGAUCCAAGAUCAAGAAGCCAUCCAGCCCAUGAACUAUGGGUUAAUUUUCUGUAGGUGGUGGAUCGUUGGUCGCAUAAACCCGAGGUCACCCUCUCUUCCGAUUUCCGAGAGCAUAUACGGUAGGGUUUUGACCACUGGUAAACCCCUGUUAGAGGUGCUUCUCGCUCUUUCCCUAUUUGGUCGUCCCUCACCGGUGCUUCGCGAGUCUAUCUCUCUCUCUCUCUCUUUCUCUCUCUCUCUUUCUCUCUCUCUCUCACACACACACACUCCCCCUCUCUCUCUGUGUGUAGGGUUUUCACCAUGAGUCGAUCGGGCCAACCCCCGGAUCUGAAGAAGUACAUGGACAAAAAACUCCAGAUCAAGUUGAAUGCCAACCGCAUGGUGGUUGGAACACUUCGGGGUUUUGAUCAGUUCAUGAACCUGGUGGUUGAUGACACAGUGGAAGUGAAUGGCAAUGAUAAGAUUAAGAUAGGGAUGGUUGUUGUCAGAGGAAAUAGUGUAGUCACUGUUGAAGCACUCGAACCAGUUGCCAGAGCACAGUGAUUGUAUAUUUCUCAGGCAGUGGUUUUAUUUUAUCAUGCAAUCCGAUGUUAUUGUGGAGGUUAAGUGAUACUAGCAUGUAACUUUUUAAUACUUUACUAAGCAAAUGGAAUGGCCUGUGGCAUAUUAUGUAGUUUUUGGUGUAAAAUUCUUGGGUUACUUGGUUUGUUGUGUUGUGAGUUAUGACUCCUGAUAUGAUUAGCUGUGACGACGUCUAUCUUGGAAAGCAUUUCUUCCGUCUAAAACUAUAUAUUUCCAGUAUUGAGGUCUUUGAUGUCA